UUCUCUCUCUCUCUCUCUCUCUCUCUCUCUCUCUCUCUCUCUCUCUCUCUCUCUCUCUCUCUCUCUCUCUCUCUCUCUCUCUCUCUCCCCGUCAUACCUUUAAGUAGAAGUGGAACAAAAAGUGUUCCUGUGCCCGGGGCUUCUUCGCGGCGUCUACCAGAGCGAACACCUCUUCGAGUCGGACCACCAGUCAGGCGCCUGGUGCAAGGACCCCCUGCAGGCCUCGGACAAGAUCUACUACAUGCCCUGGACCCCCUACCGCACGGACACGCUGACCGAGUACUCCUCCAAGGAGGACUUCGUGGCGGGCCGGCCCACCACCACCUACAAGCUGCCGCACCGCGUGGACGGCACGGGCUUCGUGGUGUACGACGGCGCCCUCUUCUUCAACAAGGAGCGCACGCGCAACAUCGUCAAGUUCGACCUGCGCACGCGCAUCAAGAGCGGCGAGGCCAUCAUCGCCAACGCCAACUACCACGACACCUCGCCGUACCGCUGGGGCGGCAAGUCGGACAUCGACCUGGCGGUGGACGAGAACGGCCUGUGGGUGAUCUACGCCACGGAGCAGAACAACGGCCGCAUCGUCAUCAGCCAGCUGAACCCGUACACGCUGCGCGUGGAGGGCACGUGGGACACGGCGUACGACAAGCGCUCGGCGUCCAACGCCUUCAUGGUGUGCGGCGUGCUCUACGUGGUGAAGAGCGUGUACGAGGACGACGACAACGAGGCCACGGGCAACAAGGUGGACUACGUGUACAACACGGAGCUCAGCCGCGACGGCCACCUGGACAUCGCCUUCCCCAACUCGUACCAGUACAUCGCCGCCGUGGACUACAACCCCCGGGACAACCUGCUGUACGUGUGGAACAACUACCACGUGGUCAAGUACUCGCUGGACUUUGGCGCGCUGGACAACAGACUCGAGUCCUCGUCCUCCGUGAUGGUGUUCCAGGACACCGCCACCCGCACCACCCCCCGCGCCCCGCCCGUCACCGUGACAACCGGCACCACCUCCACCGCCGUCGCGGUGGGCAGCGGCACCUCCGCCCUGACCCGCGGGGGCCCGGGCACCGUCAGGCCCCCCGGCGGCGGCGGCGGCGGCACCACCACCACCGUCGCCGCCGGCAACGGCAACGCCCGGGUCACCGCGAGGACGACGACCGCCACCGCCACCAGCACCACGGGCGCGGCCCCGCCCCUCACGCCGGCGCAGGCCUUCGUGCCCGAGGGCGCCAGCCGCUCGCCGGCCUCCUCCCGCCUGCCCGCCGUCCGGGUGGAGAACUGCAUCGCCAUGGUGAUGGCGGACGUGUCCUGGCCCCGCACCACCCAGGGCCUGGCGGCCCGGAUGCCCUGCCCCCCGGGGACUCUGGGGGUGGCCACGUACACGUGUGUGGGGCCCGAGGGCUACUGGGACCCCCAGGGGCCCGACCUCAGCAACUGCACCUCCCCCUGGGUCAACAUCAUCAGCCAGAAGAUCAAAGCAGGCGAGACGGCGGCGGCCAUCGCCCGCGAGCUGGCGGAGCAGACCAAGAGCAACCUCCAGGCGGGGGACAUCACGUCCACUGUGCGCCACAUGGUGCAGCUGGUGGACCUGCUGGACGUGCAGCUGAGGAACCUCACGCCCGGCGGCAAGGACAGCGCCGCACGCAGCCUCAACAAGCUCCAGAAAAGGGAACGCUCCUGCAGGUUUUAUGUACAGGCCAUGGUGGAGACGGUGAACAACCUGCUCCAGCCCACGGCCCAGGCGGCCUGGAGGGGGCUCAGCACCGGGGCCCAGCUGAGGGCAGCCACCACGCUGCUGGACACGGUGGAGCAGGGCGCCUUCGUCCUGGCCGACAACCUGCUGAAGACCGACAUCGUGCAGGAGAACACCGACAACAUCCAGCUGGAGGUGGCCAGGAUGAGCACCGACGGCACCCUGCCCGACCUGAGGUUCCCCCAGUCGGGCGGCCAGGGCAACUCCAUCCACCUGUCGGCCAACACCCUUAAACAGCACGGCCGGAACGGUAGGCCCCCCGACCCACGGCGACCGUCGCCUCUCAGUGGCAAAGACCCCCUCUGGGUGGUUGUACUGAAAAGCUGUCUUUUCUUUUGUGUGCGUUAACUUUUGAAGGAGUUAACACAUUACAAAAGGUGGUGAAACAUAUGUGCUUGAGUUUUGACUGCCGUCAGACGCUGCCGUUUUGGAUGCAUUGCGAUUAUUGCUUUUAAGACCCACGCCGAGUGUCGUUGUGUGAAUAUCUCCCGUUUCCUGCACAAAAGUACGACACUUCUGGUACGAGUUCUUCUCUCUGGAGUGUAUACGUAAAUGUACCCACUGCACUUAAAGCACAUCCUAUCAUCCCGAAAAGGGAAGAGCCUCUAUUUAAAAAAGACUACUGUACCAUCUCAAACAAGCC